CGCGGCCGCCCCCGCCCCCGAGCCUGGCGCGUCGGUGGGGCCCGGCCCGGCCCGGCCCCGGCGCCUCAUUGUGCUCCGCUUCACGCCGGCCCAAGAUGGCGGCGGCGCCGGAGAGCCCCGCGAGCCGCCGCCGACAAUAGAGGGAGGCGAGGGGAGCGGCGCCCCCCCCGCCCUCCUGCGCCCCCCCCCCCCCCCCCCCCCUUUCCCCGGCCGCCGCCGCCGCCGCCGCCGCCCCUCGCUCCCGCCCCCGGCCGGGCCCGGCCGCCACACCCCGGCCGGCCCCCCUAGCAUGGUGCGGGGCCGCCGCCCGCUCCUCCGGCUGCCGACAUGGGCGAGAGGCUGGAGCUGCGGCUCAAGUCGCCGGUGGGAGCCGAGCCCGCCGUCUACCCCUGGCCGCUGCCCGUCUACGACAAACACCAUGAUGCUGCUCAUGAAAUUAUUGAGACAAUUCGGUGGGUCUGUGAAGAAAUCCCAGAUCUCAAGCUUGCUAUGGAAAACUAUGUUUUAAUUGACUAUGACACAAAAAGCUUUGAAAGCAUGCAGAGGCUUUGUGACAAGUACAACCGAGCCAUUGACAGCAUUCAUCAGUUGUGGAAGGGAACCACCCAACCGAUGAAGCUGAACACACGUCCCUCCAACGGACUCCUCCGUCACAUCCUGCAGCAAGUGUAUAACCACUCGGUGACUGAUCCUGAGAAACUCAACAACUAUGAGCCCUUUUCCCCAGAGGUUUAUGGAGAAACUUCCUUCGACUUAGUGGCCCAAAUGAUAGAUGAAAUUAAAAUGACUGAGGAUGAUUUGUUUGUUGACCUGGGCAGUGGUGUGGGUCAGGUGGUGCUUCAAGUAGCUGCAGCCACAAACUGCAAACAUCACUAUGGUGUGGAGAAAGCUGAUAUUCCAGCCAAAUAUGCUGAGACGAUGGACAGAGAGUUCAGAAAGUGGAUGAAAUGGUAUGGGAAAAAACAUGCAGAAUACACACUGGAAAGAGGUGACUUCCUCUCAGAAGAAUGGAGAGAGAGAAUUGCAAACACAAGUGUUAUUUUUGUGAAUAAUUUUGCCUUUGGUCCUGAGGUGGAUCACCAACUGAAGGAGCGAUUUGCGAACAUGAAGGAAGGUGGGAGAAUUGUGUCCUCAAAACCUUUUGCACCUCUAAAUUUUAGAAUUAACAGUCGAAACUUGAGCGAUAUUGGCACUAUAAUGAGAGUUGUGGAGCUAUCACCACUGAAAGGGUCUGUGUCAUGGACCGGGAAACCAGUUUCUUACUACCUGCAUACUAUUGACCGAACCAUACUUGAAAACUAUUUUUCUAGUCUCAAAAAUCCAAAACUCAGGGAGGAACAAGAGGCAGCUAGACGUCGUCAACAACGAGAAAAUAAGAGCAACACAACUACUCCAACGAAGGUUCAAGAAAAUAAGGAUUCUGGUGCUGAAGAAGAAAAAGCUGGGGCAAAUUCUGUUAAAAAGCCAUCUCCCUCGAAAGCACGGAAGAAAAAGCUAAGUAAAAAAGGAAGGAAAAUGGCAGGCAGGAAACGAGGACGUCCCAAGAAAAUGAACACUGCAAAUACAGAGCGCAAGACUAAGAAGAACCAAACUGCACUAGAACUUCUGCAUGCUCAAACUGUUUCACAGACAUCUUCAUCCUCUCCUCAGGAUGCAUACAAGUCACCUCAUAGUCCGUAUUACCAACUACCUCCUAAAGUGCAACGGCAUUCAUCUAACCAGCUACUGGUGACACCUACCCCCCCUGCACUACAAAAGCUGCUAGACUCUUUUAAGAUCCAGUACAUGCAGUUCAUGGCAUACAUGAAAACUCCUCAGUAUAAAGCAAGUCUGCAACAGUUACUGGAGCAGGAAAAGGAGAAGAAUGCACAGCUACUGGGGACAGCACAGCAGUUAUUCACCCACUGCCAGGCACAGAAAGAGGAAAUUAAACGUCUUUUUCAACAGAAACUUGAUGAGUUGGGAGUUAAGGCGCUGACAUACAAUGACCUGAUUCAGGCUCAGAAGGAAAUCUCUGCUCACAAUCAGCAACUGAAAGAACAGACGAAACAGCUGGAGAAGGAUAACAGCGAACUCAGGAACCAGAGCUUACAGCUGCUUAAAGCACGCUGUGAAGAACUGAAGCUGGAUUGGUCAACAUUGUCACUGGAGAACUUGCUGAAAGAGAAGCAGGCGCUGAAGAAUCAGAUUUCUGAGAAACAAAAGCACUGUUUGGAACUGCAGAUCAGCAUUGUGGAACUUGAGAAAAGUCAAAGACAGCAGGAGCUAAUGCAGCUGAAAUCGUACACGCCAUCUGAUGAGUCAUUGUCAGUACAGCUACGCAAUAAAAACCAUUUGAGCCGUGAUCCUGAGGCUGAUCACAACAGGUUCCAACUGGAGCUUGAAUGCUCUAAAUUUCCUAUGCCCCCGAUCAAUGGCAUGAGCCCUGAACUGUCCAUGAAUGGCCAUGCUACUCCCUAUGAAAUCCAUAACACUUUUAGCCGGCCGUCCUCCAAGCAGAACACCCCUCAGUACACGACUUCUCACCUGGACCAAGAAAUAGUACCUUGUACCCCAAACCACAGCAGCAGACAGAAAGCAGACAAGAUGACGAGCUUGUCCUUACCUGAUUAUACCAGGUUUUCCCCAGCUAAAAUAGCACUAAGGAGACACUUGAAUCAAGACCAUGCAGUCAACGGAAAAGCAACAACUAAUGAGAUACAGAGAGCUGACCACGUCAAAGAGAAUGGCCUUACGUAUCCAAGCCCUGGUAUUUCAAAUGGCAUAAAGCUGAGUCCUCAGGAAACUCGGCCCUCUUCCCCAGCGGCCUUACCAAUUGCAGGCGAGAAGGGUUUAAGAGAGAGAACCUCUGUGAGUAAUGGAGAAACUAUCACCAGCCUACCUAUCAGUAUUCCUCUCAGCACAGUGCAGCCCAAUAAACUCCCUGUUAGUAUCCCUCUGGCCAGCGUAGUCCUACCUAGCCGUGUUGAGAAGGUGAGAAGCACACCUAGCCCAGUUCAUCAGAACAGAGACUCAUCAACACUUGAAAAGCAGAUUGGUGCUAGUUCUCAUAAUGGUGUAAGCAGUGCUGCUGGAAACAAGCCACUGGCUUUGGCUACCUCAGGUUUUUCUUACUCUUCUGGCUCCGUGGCAGUCAAUGGAAAUCUUACAAACAGCCCAGCCCAUCUUAACCAUAGUGUUGAUCAGGCAGCUCUGGACGACUCUGGGAGUCUGUUUAACUCAGUAGGGUCUCGGAGUUCCACUCCACAACAUCCUUUGCUAAUGAUGCAGUCAAGGAACUCUGGGCAAAACUCCCCUGCUCACCAGCACUCAACAAGCCCCAGGUUAAAUGGCACCUCCCAGAGCCUGGUAGGGGUAUUGCAAUAUGCAGAUGCUCAGAAGAUGUUUGCCGAAGGAACAAAGGGGGAUCUUCAGUCUGAUGCAGCGUUUUCAGAUCCUGAGAACGAGGCCAAGAGAAGAAUCAUCUUUACAAUCUCUCCUAAUACAGGACAUGUAAAACAAUCCCCUUCCAACAAGCACAGUCCUCUGCCCGCGAGCGCUCGGCUGGACUGCGGCCAAGCACACGCGCAGGAUGGGAAGAAGCGAGGCCGGCGGAAGAGAUCCUCUACUGGGAAUCUCAGCGGGAACUCCGGGGUCUCCCCUAAACGUAAAUCCUUACCCACUAUGUCUGGACUCUUUACUCAACCAUCAGGUUCACCGCUGAAUAUCAACUCCAUGGUCAAUAACAUUAACCAGCCUUUAGAAAUAACAGCCAUUUCCUCUCCUGAAAACUCCCUGAAGAACUCUCCUGUUCCUUACCAGGACAAUGACCAGCCCCCGGUAUUGAAAAAGGAAAAGCCCCUCAUUCAGACCAACGGCGUUCAUUACUCUCCCCUAACAUCAGAUGAAGAGCAGGGAUCUGAAGAUGAGCACAAUAGCACCAGAAUCGAGAGGAAAAUUGCAACAAUAUCAUUGGAAAGCAAAUCUCCACAGAAGACUGUUGAAAAUGGUGGCAGCUUACCUGGGAGGAAACAAGCACAAACCAACGAGAACAUGAACAGCAGUAAAUGGAAAUCUACUUUUUCACCAAUAUCUGACAUCAACCUAACCAAAACUACAGACAGUCCCUUGCAGUCGGUUUCAUCCCUGAGCCAGAAUUCGUUGUUUGCCUUCAGGCCGUCCUCUGAGGACAGCCUCGCCAUUGACGCCAAGAUCACAGCACACGCGAGGAAAAGCAUUGCCAUGCCCUCAUCUGGGGCAGACGGGCUCAGCCCUAGUACAAACUCCACCAAUGGAUUCACAUACAACGGUGGACUGUCAACUGACAUUGGUUUACACAGCUUUAUCGAUGGUGCUUCUCUUCCGCACAAGGCUUCAGAUGUGACGACUUCCAACUGCUCCCUGGGUUUUCAGUCGCAGCGAAGCAAGGAUGUGGGGAUAUCGGAAACAAAUCCGUUUUUGAACAAGAGGCAACUUGAAGGCCUCAGUGGCACGAAAGGAGAAGACUUAAAUCGGUCAGGGGUCAAAAGCAAAGAGAUAAGCGAAAUAAGCAUUCGUACUGGGGGUUCUUCAGAAAAAAACUCUUUGCAGCAUAACGGAAAGGUCAGCAAAGGAAGGGACCGAGAUGUGGAGUUUAAAAACGGCCACAACCUUUUCAUUUCUGCUGCUGUUUCGUCUGGUGGCCUUCUGAAUGGUAAAAGCCUUUCUACUGCUGUUUCUUCAGCAGGCAACCCAGCAUCUUCUGUGCAGACGCACCAUCCUUUCCUAAACACUUUGACCACUGGAUCACAGUUUCCCCUUGGCCCCAUGGCCUUGCAAGCAAACCUCAACUCGGUGACAAAUUCCUCAGUAUUGCAGUCCUUAUUUAAUUCGAUGCCAGCUGCUGCCAGUCUGGUCCACGUGUCAUCAGCUGCAACCAGACUGACUAAUUCUCACACUAUGGGGAACUUCUCUCCUGGGGUUACAGGUGGAACAGUUGGAGGUAUUUUUAACCAUGCGGUGCCUUCUGCCUCCUCUCCUCAUCAAUUUGGAGCCAGUUUCAGCAGCAGUGCUGUCUCUAGCAGCACAGUGCUAAGCUUAAACCCUCUGCAGGCUGUUGCCAGCACGUCAUCCUCAUCCUUCCCACCCCCCUCCUCUAAUUUAGUAACAUCUAGUGAGAAUAGAUCUGCUCAGCACCUCAACAGAGCGCCAGUGCAAUCUGUUUUCCAUUCCCCCCCACCCCCUCCUAACGUUUCCUUGCCCCCACCUCCUCCAUUACUUGCUUCUAACCCUGAGCCUGCGCUUCUGCAGAACCUGCCAUCUCUCCCACCUGGCGAUGCUUUUUUGCCUUCCUCUUCUGCUGCUUCUGUCCAAUCUGCUAAUGCUUCUUUGUCUAUUAAGCUAGCCUCUCUCCAGCACAAAACCUCCCGCCCCUCCUUUACAGUCCAUCACCCGCCUCUGCCCCGCUUGGCGCUGGCACAGUCCGCGCCCAUGAUCACGCAGUCCAACGCAGCUGGCACGUCCGCUAUGUGGGUUACACUUGGCAUGCAGUCUCCUUAUGCUUCGCACCUUUCUGGGGUUAAGCCACGAUAAAGAGCUUGCUUAGCUAACAGUUCUUAUUUUGUAAGGUAAGGCUAGAGGGAAAAAAACAAACAAACAAAAAAAAACAAUCAGGAGUUUUGUGCGAGAUGCUGAAUGAUGUUUCUUCCUUUUCAGAGACAGGGUGGGGAUGGGCUCUGUGAAACAAACCUCUAAAAUGUAGGAAGUAAUUAAUGUGAUGUCAGAGGGUGAAGAGUCUCAAUGCUCUCUGCUCUGGGAGUCAGGAUUUCUCGACAAGGAGUGCUCACGGUGGUAACUCUGGUCUGUCUCAUCUGACGUUAGGAUUAUGUUCAGGUUGGGAUCACUUCUUGAAAAUGUUUACUUCUAAAGAUCAGUUGUCAGGAGGAAGUUCUAUUUUUAAGUAAGGUUUUUAUACAGUUAUUGGCAAUGGUUGUUGCCGACUUUGAUUCCCCCUUUUCCUCUUCUUGCCUUCCAACACAGACUGUUGCUUCUUCUACAAGUCCGUGUUCACAUAGCGUUAGGAUGCGUGCUGCUGCUGCUUUGUGACUCUGGCAACGUGGUGGUCUUGUUUUCAUUGUCAGUCAAUAACAGCUGCUCUCAGUCAUAAAGUUAAAAAAUCUCCAGGUUACAAGCUGCAGCUUUGUCUUGGAGUGCAAAUGCACUGGUCUUGCACUGCAGUGUGCCCCCUGCAUCACUGGAAAACACAAUCACAGGUAGCAAAGCGUUAUAAUCUGAAUUAGAAUUAACCAAGAAGGCCUUGUUAUCCGCACACUGCAGCGUUACUGGACUUGCCUGCUAGGGCUAAAAGUAACAGUCUCCAUCAGAUGCUGUAUUUAUGCUCAUGUGGCAGUCACUUACUUUCUGGGUAGACGUGAAUGAGGCGAUAGGGAAUAUGCAGGGUUCACUGCAGUCUAUGCUUCAUAAGGGCUGGGGCUGCAGAAGAGAGGAGGGUUUCUGGAGACUGUGCGUUUUUACCGAAGCAGUAUUUAAAUGCCUUUAGAGCAACUCCAGAAUAAAGUGUACCACCACAGAGUUGGGUACUGUUGUUAUGAAAAUACUCUGUGGCAUCGUGAUGUAACAAGCUUGUGACCGCAAAGUUAAAUCAGUAUGUUAGGGCCCAGAGCUCGCUCCAUGCUUUUCUUGUAGGUCUUUGAUGUUGUUGCUGUUCACUGAUACCAAAGCUACGUAAAAUCUAUGGUUGGAUACUCUUUGCUGCUUAUAAAACAUAUGCCUCAAUUACAAUAUACCUGAGAGAUUCUUUUGACUGUGCAUUGUUUAUAGUGUCUUCAUCAUGUAAUUGCUUCACAGACAUGAAUUUAGUCUUGUUAGGCUUUUGUGAGGCAGGUAAGUAUCCCCUCCGUCCUUCUAUAUGAUGAGUGAGGAUGAGGAGGAGUUCAGCGAUGUCCCUGUGUGCCUGCAGGGUGACAGGAUGAUGGGGUCACAGGGUGGGCAUGGAAGAUCCUGGUUAGAAACAAGCUCGGGACCAAGGCUAAGGAGGAUUAGGUGCGGGGCUUUGUACCCCUGAAUGACUUGGGAGAGCGGUGUGGAAGUCUGCUGAAGCAAAUGCCUUACCUGGAGUGGUGGUCAUGCUGGGAUGGACUCCUUGCCAUCGUACGUGGUGGGUCCUGCCACAGCAAGUCUCCUAGCAAAAUAGGCAAGGCACAAAAGUGAAGUUCAGUGCAAGGCAGCUGGAUGUCUAAAGCUGGACUGUGGAGCAGAGGGGCAGAAGUAAUGCUCCUAGGAGAUGGUUUGUGAGACAAACGUAUCAUAGUUGGGGUCCUGUUCCGUGUGAAAUACUUGAGCAUUUUCAUUGACCUUAAUCUGAACAUGUGUGCUCGAAGUCCUUCCAGAACUGAGGCUGAAAUCUGGAACGGGACUAAAAUAAUCUGCUUUGUUUCUCCUAACAUUUCUCCCCCAAGGUAGUAACAAAUGCAAAGCGGAUUAGUGUGUGCUAAAAAAGGUGAAGUCCUGAGUGGGAGAACGAACGCUUUUUUUCCUCACUUGUUGAGGUCAGUUGCACAAGGACAGAGUUCAACAUGGUUGAAUGUUGGAAGCCUCCUGUCUGUCUGGUUGUGGUUGGGUCAAGACAAGAACUGUGCCUUCUUCACUGGCUGACAAGGUCUUGGAGCAGUGUAGAAAUGAUUGACGCAUCUAACACACUGUAGAUUUUGUCACUUAUUUAGAUGAGUCUCUUCCUCUCCUCCUGUUGUGCAGGUAACUAGGAUUUCUACCUCAACCCAAUGUGACCUAUGCAAGGACAACGUGGACCAACUUCACUCGGCUUCCACUGAAAGGUGCUCACCUGGCCUGUGCAGGGGUUUCUACUCUCUUACUACUGGACAAAACAAAAACCUAAAAAGACCUAAACAACAGAGAAAAUAUUUACUGUGAAUCUGAGUAAAAAAGAAAAAAAGGAAGAAAAAAAAAAGGGCAAAAUAAAUGCCUAAGGCUCCAGUUUAUAUUGUUGAUAGUUUAGGUAAAGUAUUUAUCUUUUUUUAAAGCAAAAACAGUUUUGAUUUAUUUUAUUCCACCUAGAGUCAUAAAUACAAUUUAGGAUUAAAUUCUCUAAAUAAUUAAGGACUGGCACACCAGCAGAGAUGUAAAGAGCCUCCUCUCGGUGCUAUUUCAUCCGUCAGAACUGUGCCUCUAGUUUGAAUCCUUGGUGCUGAAUUUGGAGGGUUGACCAAUGCCAAACCCAGUUCUCAGAAAGGUCUGCAUUUUAUUUAUUCAACUUAUUCUGUUCAUAUACCAAAAUCCACUUGGUUUACAGCAGUGUGAGCUACAGAGAAACGGCAGUCUUUGAUCUGGUGUUUUGCUCUAAUGUGAACUGAGCCAGGCGCUCUGUUAACUGGGUGGUUUUUAAUUGUGUUCAUUACAAACGAGAACUCACUACUCCCCUCUGGAGUGGCAGCUAGAUCACCUGGGGCAGCCCAGGUGAGCUCAGCCAAGGCAGGCACAGUUUGAACAGAAGAAAUUCAAGUCCUGCCCCAUUCAAACUACUUCACUGGGCCAUUUGCAGUUGCUGGUGGCACUCAAGUCACUGUGAAUUUUGGUAGCUAGUCUGGUAACUUGUUUUGGGAUGUCAUUGGCAUAUGAACAGGGUGCAUAAUCACUGGUAUUGGUCAGGCCCUUUUUAAUAACAUUGGGAAGACUGAACAUAGUGCUUCUGUACUGGUGCAGGUAGCAGAUUAUCUCAGCUUGUUUUUGUUCCAAGUACAAUGUAUUUUGUUAGUAGAGUUUUGAUACUUGAUUCAGAAAUGGCUUAGAUGUGUACAUUUACUGACUAAGUGCAUUUUGCUUUUGUAUAUCUUUGCUUUAAGUAGAUCUAAAUGGUAGUUCACAAAAACACCACAAUCUAGCUUACCGUGCUGCCACACUAUCAAACUGGUGCAUUUAAUUGUAUUGUGACUUGGUGUUCUGUGUACAGAAAGUGCCGCUCUGAGCAGCGGCUGUAUUUUAUAGAGAUGUGAUGAAAAUUUAUAAAUUUCAUAUACUUUAUUUCAUUUAUUUUUAGACUGUACAGUGCACAGUGAACUUGUAAAAACUUAUUUAUUCAAGUGCACAAAAUGAGGAGAAAUACAAUCCAUUAUAUAGACAUCACCCUGGUCUGUAGUUCAGACUGGACCAAGCACCAAUAAAGGAAACUACAGUAACAGAAGGGGAAUUGCAACAGCAAAAUGACUAGAAGAAAAACUUGUUUAGGCAUUGGGAAACACCUGCCCAGGUGCUCUGGGGGCAGCAUUGAUCGCUCUGCCUGAAAGGCAUUUGCUACCCUUAAAUCCCUUCUAGGUCCCUGGUGCUCCUUAAUGAGUCUCCAGCCUCCAGCAAUUGGGCAUUUGCCUUAGACUUGAGCCUGCCUCAGCAGGCAGCUGAUGGAGGGUCCUGGGGUCACAAAAAGCUGGGCUGGGUGCAUUGCCUUCCAACUUGUGCCUCUGCAUGUGAAGGAGGUGAGGUAGCUCGGCCCUUGCAUGCUCUCCUGCUGUCUGAUCUGUGAAUGCCGUGCUGGCCAUGCUCAAGGGAGCAGUGGGAAGAGGUGAUAGAGCAGCUCCUGCCCUCUGCAAAUUUCAGUUAGACCCUUUUCUCUGUACCUCAUCCCUGGCAAUCUUAGUAGAGAUUUAGUUCAAGCGUGGUUCUUUUGUUGUUUCUUAUGUGUGUCUUCCCUAGGCAGCCUUUGUGCACAGAAACUAUUGAGCUGAUUUUGUUGCCUUACUCAUUGGAAAGGGAAGGGAUCGGUAGCCCUGGAAAUGAGGGGCGUUUUGGAACUGUUUUCUGCUUUGCAUGUGGAAGAGGACUUGACAGUGGUGCGCCCUGCUGUGUUAUUAGCUGCAAGAUGAGAACCUGGAAAAGGGCAAGAAAGCUCAGAAGGUGAUGGCUGAGAAACAUCCAGUAGCUUCUAGUAGAAGCUGUAUAGAGUUAAAGUCCUGGAAUCCAGGAAGACAGUGUAACCCAGAUGUUUUGCAGCUGGGAGUUUGGCAGCUCUAGCUUCAUCCAGAUCCUUGGCUAAUUGAAAGCUGCAGAGCUGCCUUAGCAUCCUCCCAGCAAAUAGCAAGGUGCUCCGGUCUUGGAAGGUGGGUUGUGCAUGAGCAACUGCUGGAGGGGCAGGAGCCUCAAUUACCCCCCCCUCCAUUUUUAUCCCAGAUGUGAGAGAUGAGGAAAUACAAGAAGAAGCUUUAAACCCAUCUGCUUUUUGUCAGAUCCUUUUCCAAAAAUGGACCAACCCGGUGUUCCUUAGACCUCUUAUCCCUCCCCUUAUCCUUUCAUCUCAAUCCAGCGAAGACAUCCAGCAAGAGAACUCAUUCUGUACAGGGAGGCUUCACAUCAGUUCAUACCUGAGAUGCUCGCAGGAUGCUGGCAGAGAUGCCUGCUUGGAGGAGGAGCUGGCUCAUGGUGGUCUGCCCACCUGGUGUGCUUCCUAACCCUGGACAGCUGCUUGGUGCACGCGUCGCCCAGCUGGCUCCUGACACUCUCCUGCAGCUGAAGAGGGUUGGCCAGGUGCUUGCUGCAGGAAUGAUGUGCUUUGCAUUCAGUGUUUCAGAAAUUAGUGCCUGGGAGCAAACAGAGCAAAGGCUAAGAGCAGAGUUUGUCAUCCGCUUUCCUGUGCAUGUUGGGGAAAAGCGAAAUCCCCCUUUCCAUCAGUGUUGCUCCCCAUAGUGGGUUGCCCUUUGGUCUGUGUUAGAUGUGCUGGGUGCUCUGGCUCUAGAUGGCCCGCUGUGCUCUGUGGCUGGGCUUGCUCGCAAGCACUCAUUGGAAAUCAGCAGCGUGAGCCUGCUCACUCCCAUCACCUGGGAAGGAUGAAACCAGAGGGGCACAGCCCACCAUGCACAGACCCAGGCACAAAGGCUGGAUGGCCGAGCAUCCGCUGCAGCCUCCAGGGGCCUGUGGAGGCCAGGCCUUCUGCCUCUGGGUCGCCUUGGUGCUGGCUUUCUCCGUGACCUGGCACUUCCAUCUCAGCAGCCCGUGCUGCAGGAGCUCAGAGCUGCCCUGACUUUGCCAGCAUCUUCCACCCGUGCCUGGUGCCGCUGGCACCAUCACCUCAUCAUGUGCUGCAUGGCUGUAGUGAGUUUCCCUCGUGUCCCAGUCUGGUCUAAGUCUUCAUCAUAAUCCUUGCUAGGGUGUGCUUCCAGGAGAGUGUUGGAUAAGCUACAGCGUGUUUGGAGAAGUGCGAGACAAUGGAGGUUUUGGGCUGAUGCCUUGAUGCUGCUUUAUUUGGGAGAAGUCACAGAGGUUGCUAUGGGAUUUGUUGUCUUCUCCACUCCCUGAUCUCUUGCUGCUUGGCCAUAACCUUGAGCAAGUUCAAAUUGUUUCUCUUCUGUCUACAAAAUGGGGAGAGCAUUUACCUGCUUGCAGGACUGCUGGAGGAAUAGCUCUUUGAGAUGUUGGGAUCUGAUCCAUAUGGCUAAGAGAAUGAGACCCUUGUGACCCUGAUGUGUGAGUGCUGUGCCAGAGACUUGAAACCUGUUUUCAAUAAUUGGAUAUACUUCUGAGUCAUCAAAGCCAAGCAGCCAGUUCCAGAAAGGAAUUCCUUCUGUGUUACCACUUCCUGCCCAGGUCCAGCCGUUUUAUGGCUGUCACAAAUGUUCCUUCUCCUCCACACCGCUGCUGCCAGUGAGGGACUCAAUCAGGAAGUCAAAAUACAUCUCACAGCACAUAAUGUUGCCAAAAAAAAAUAAAAUAUAUAAAAAAAUAUCCUGAGCUUUGUGCUGAGCGAAAUAUGUGCCCCACUGCUAAAUGUCAGGCUUGGAGAACAACCCUCACGUGUUCUUCCUACAGUGAUUUGUUACCUCUGGCUCCUACUUGCUGGUUCCAGCCCACUGAGACCCACCGUGCUGUGAGGCUGGGGGGGCUCCAAGAGCAUUAAACCUAAACUCAAGUCUUUGCUGCACGUUUAGUCACUGAGCAACAAUUCUUCCAUUAGCCAGGGGUGUGUGAGGCACCUGCUGUCAGAUUUCUCAGCUUUUCCUGUAGCUGAGGGAAAAGGUGGGAAAACAUUGCUGGAGGAUGUGGAGCCUUGGGUUGCUGGAACCAAGCUUGUGGGCAGGAUCACGGGGGAGUUGAGCUGUCCCUGCAUCGCCUCUUGUUUGGGUGCAGACAGGGCCAUUCCCGUUAGCAGGGUGUGGAUCGGUCUGGUCAAACUGAUGGGAUUUAGCUCCUCUUAGUUCAGGUUGCAAAUGCAGUGGGAGAGAGGUGAAGGGAAACGUGCUUUUAGGGGAAGCUGCCAACACCAGGGAGCACAUCGUGUCCUCGAUGCUCAUUACACUCGGAGGCAGAUGUUAGAGCAGUGUCUCCAGCUGGUUUCUUUGAUAGCAGGAACUCAGGGCUCCUUGGCCAGACAAACUCAGAAAUCUCUUGUGCUUCCAUCUCGUAUCCUUCUUCCUAGUGGCCAGAGCUGUCUUGCCUUGUAGCGCACGCAGUUUGUGCUCGCCACUGUUGGCUGGGCUUGGAUGAGCUCUGAGCAUGGGCUUGGCCUGGGUCCUGCCUGUGGCUGGAGGGGGGCAGGCGUGGUGGGGAGGAAGGUGAGUGUGUGAGGUCUGCGAUCGCAGCUCCGGGUCCUGAAGUGCUGCGGGCAGCUUGCGGUGCCUGCUUGUGAGGGUCUCGGUGAGGCGCUGCUGUGAAUCGGGAGGUUGCAGACCCCCAGGACUUGUCACUGCUUGGCCCGAACGUCACCCAACUCAAAGUAUUGAGUAGCUUUUCUUCUUUGUUAUUAUUCCCUAAUCAAGCUUGAGCAAGUGACUUUCAUUUGAAAUCUGCUGCACAGAUGGCGUUCAGGCUCUUCCCUUGCAUCUCUGGCUCAAAUGCUUCAAACUGGAGCGUUGUUUUGGGGCUGCGUGGGGUGGCCGCAUGGCUGGGCCUGUGCUCAGCCUGCGUUUGCCCUGCUGGGGGGCAAGCUUCUCCUUCAGGGGGGUGUUUGCUGCUGUAACUGCAGACAUCUGACCAGAGGCCUGUGGGGUGGUUGCUUUGCUGCAGAAAGCAAAUGGGAGGGGAGCGAGCUGGGUGGGAGCCAGAUCUGCCUCACCGGCUGUUAACUGCAGUGCUGAUAAAAACCAGAAGCAGCGGGGUUGCACCAGCGUUUGUGAGAUGCUGCUGUGCUCAACGGUGGCUUUGCUCCUGGUGGGGGUCAGGGCCCGUCUCGUCCCAACCUUUCCUGGCACCCUUCCUGCAGAGGAACCUGGGGUCUGGGCUUCCCCCUUUGGGGAGGUCUCGUACUCCAGAGUAACGAGGCCAUGGCAGGGCCGUGGGGCUGCCUCUGGGGGCCUGAGUGGUUUGAUUCUUCUGGGAUUGUGUAUUUAGAAGGCAGCAUCUGCUCCCCAACACGUUAAAUUCCUACUUGGAAGAGUGCCCUUGUGUGACAACAGGGCAGGGAGAGCGUCAGUGGAUGUGGGGCUGGCAUCCACCCCUGGACAGGCGUAGCUUCAUCCACGUGUUGUUUGUUUUGUGGGAUGUGGAGUUGCUGUGGUCAGUUUGAGGGCCAGCACGAGCUUUGAUCUUGUUGAGUUGGUGCAGGGGGCCCACCUCUUUGUGACUCCCAUGGCUACAUCCACAGGCCUGGCCCGGCAGUGCUGGGACCCUCGAGAAGCUCCCGCAGCAGGGGCUUGCUGCCCCGAGUCCUUCCCAAAUGCACCGUAGCUGUGGAAUGGGCUCCUCAUGUCUCAGAGGCCUUGCACCCCAGAGUUCCCAUAGUCAAGGUUUUGCCACAUUGCUGGAGGAGGAGGCUGCCAGCCCUGCAGCUUGGCCCUGAGCUGCCCGUCUGCUUGGGGCUCCCCUACAGCCCGCGUUGGUCCCGAUCCCCUCCGAGCACCAGUGGGGAUGUGCCAGGGCCACUGGUGCUGAUAGUUAGGGCUUGGUAGUUUGUCCCAGUACUGAUGCAAGGUUGAUUGAGUGUGACCCGUUUGCUUUUUGUGUUGAAACCGGUCUUUUUAAUACAGGGUAUGGAAACCUAAAGAUUCUUGACAAAUAUUUUUUCUCAGAAGGAGUUGUCCCAAUUCACCAGGUGGUUUUAUUGAGAAGUUCUGCUUUUAUUGUUUUGCCUGAGCCAAAAGCAUUAGGAGGACUAAGCUUUGGGAGCUCCCAAUGAUGAUUUCUUCAGUUAAGAAAUGGACAUUGUACAGUGGACUGCAAACCAACAAUGUAUUUCAAAAUCAUGAUGUUUGGGGAGAAGAAACUAGACAGUGUUUUUGUGAACUAUCUUUGCAGCACUGAGGAAAAAUCACAAGAAUUGGAUUUUUUUUGAAGCACAGAUGUCUAGUAAGUGUACAAAAGUAUUUGAAGUUUUAUGGCUGUUAAGGUUUUUCCUCUAUUUGCUCCAACAUUUCCAUAGCGUGCAUAUGAGGUUUUCAUUGAAAGAUGAAUUACCAGUUUUUAAAAUUUUAUUGUGCCAUAUUUUAUUUAUCCUUAUGCAUUAUAAAUAUAUAAAUACCUAUUUAGACUGAUUAUCACAGUAAAAGAUGCUAUUAUUGUGAACUUCAGGGUUUAAACCCAAAGUAAAAAAAAUUGGAAAUACUCCUCCACUGUAUUUGCUGUUUGUGAUCAUCUUUCUGCAGAUGUUUCUUAAGUUCUUAGAGUUCAAAAAUGAAAUAACUUCCUAAAAUUCAAGGUUUUACAGUACUAACCCUGAAGUUCUCAAGUUUGUGAUUUAUUAUUUUUAAGGUACAUCUGGUUGCUUUUUCUGGUGCAGUCAAAUCGUUCUUUAGAAAGGUCUUGUUUCUGGAGUUAAUGAGGGAAAAAGGUGGAAUGGGUUGAUCCAUCCUGCUUGGCUUUUUUAACCUAUUAAUCUUUUAAGUGAUCAAUCUCAAAUUAAAAAAUGAUUUCUUAGGUCUCUGUUCUACUUAAACUUUUUAGGAGUGGGAGCCUGCCCUCGCUGAGUGGGACUUUGAUGGGGAAAGCAGUAGAUUAUGAGGUUGCUGUUGCUCAGGAAUUGAUUAGUAAACUUUUAACUACUAAUAAAAAUCCAUUUUUCAAUGGAUUUUUUAAAAAAACCCAUUUUCUUAGAACAGUGAUAUGGGAUGUUUCCUAGUGAAUAGGAACUAGUUUAUAUAAUUUAGCCUAUUAAACUGAAUUAUUUAAAAUUCAAACUUCCCCUAAUUUAUCUUUUUUUUUAUACCAGUAAGUUGUCCUGUCAUUCCUUUCAUUCUUCCAUAGAACUAGUGUGAAUUCUUCUGGUGUGUAUAUAUGUAUGUAUAAUAUAUAUAUUUCCAUCCUGCCUUUCUAAUUUUCCACAAUGUAAGAGUUAGUUUUUUCUCCCCUCCCUUCACUUAAUUAAUUUCUUGUGUCUUUACCUUGAUUUGUAAUUGAAACAAUGCUUUGAAGUUUUGUCUUUAUAUUAAAGUGUAUGUAUUUUAA